UGCAUUUAGUUGCCCGCCCUCAAUCCUGAAAUGGUGAACUUUGGUACAUAAUCAGAGAACUAGGAGGCAGGCAGCAGAAACUAUUUAAAUCUAAGGAGAGGACACAAGUUGGAAAAGAAAAUGGCAAAAUUUCUUUCCCAGGAUCAAAUAAACGAGUUCAAAGAAUGCUUUUCUCUGUAUGACAACAAACAAAAGGGUAAGAUACUUGCCAAGGAUCUGAUCACAGUAAUGCGCUGCUUGGGAACAAGUCCUACCCCAGGGGAAGUAGAGAAACACCUUCAGCAUCAUAAAAUAGACAGAAAUGGAGAACUUGACUUUUCUACUUUCCUGACAAUCAUACACAACCAAAUGAAGCAGGAGGACCCUAAGAAGGAAAUUCUUGAAGCCAUGUUAAUGACUGACAAACAGAAAAGGGGGUUCAUCAUGGCUUCAGAGCUAAGAGCCAAGCUGACCAAGCUAGGGGAGAAACUAACAGAUGCAGAAGUUGAUGAACUGCUGAAGGAAGCCAACAUCACUCCAAAUGGUAUUGUGAAAUAUGAAGAGUUUAUUAGAAUGGUCACUCUUCCACCCCCGGACUACUGAAUUCCUGUUCCAAAGAAACCUUCCAGGACUUUAACAUAUUUCCACCAACAGUACAUUUGUCAGUGCUUUAAGCUGAUGACUACAUCAAGUAUAUUAAUCUAAGAUGAAGUGUAAUCCAUGUCUCUUUCCCUCCCUUGAUAGGUUUUGGACAUUUUUCUUCCAUUUCAGUUUGCACUUAUGACUUCACUCCACCAAGCAUUGAUCCAUCUCCCAGAGAUGUAUCCUGUCAAAGCUGGUCAGCCAUAUGCUCAUGCAAAUUACUCCAGAUGUAAUUUCCCAGCCCAAAAUUCAUGGCAGUGACUCUAGUGAUGCCUCCGCAUCAAUCAACAUACUAAGAAGGGUAGCAUUCUGUGAUGGAGCCAACAAAACCUAUGGAAUACAAAUCCUCAAAGAAUUAGUAUCAUGGGUGUUUCUCACAUUUUCUUUGCAAGUCCAUUCUUUCCUGGCUUCUACAUCAUCUUUAUCUCAGAUAUUUGCUAAAGUUCUUCAAAAUAAAAGUGAGUUUUACAACAA